UAUUAACGCAUAUAUUUUAAAAGAUUGGUAUUAGGAAGCACACAUUACUAUAUACUAAAAUGGCUUGAAUAAUCCCGAGUUAUAAACUUUACCGAACGAAACUCUAGUGUUCCGAAGAGCCAUUGGGAACUUCGAGAAAUGUCUGUGAAGUUGCUGGAUUUGAUUAUUCAAAUGACCAUUGGUUUUUGUUGGCCAAAAUGUAAAAGGGUCAGAAAUAGUUCUUAUUGGUGAGAAUCACUGUCAUUUGUUAAUCUGUUGCACGUCAUUUUUAACAUGAAUGAGACAAAUGAAAGUAGUUUGCUGAGGAUUUAUAUGGUGAGGGUCCCGUAGUGCAGGUGUAAUGAUGCCAAACUCGAUAGUGGAGGAAUUUCAAGACAAUACCCUGGCGUGGAUUGCCUCGAUUUGUAGAAAUCUCCCCUCAGAAGACUUAUGCAGUUUGGAAAUAGUGGAAAAGGUGUGCAGGGAGGAAAUCAUAGAAACAGUAAGGAAUCCUUACAGAGACUGUUCCAUGUUCCAUCUUCAUAUGGUGGCAGAUUUAUUGAAAAGGCCCAUCAUCAAUCAUUUCAGAAUGUCGUUGCAGAUUACUCUCCAUCACUGCGUAGAUAUGUCUACAAAAAUGCUGGCUACAGAAGAUUUAAGAAAUGUUUUGCAAUUGGACGAUUUGGACCAUUUCAGGAUGAUUUGAUGGUGGACAUAUCGGUUGAGCUACAGAAACUUAAUGUUGACCCAUCUGAUGCUAUUGAAAUCUUCAUGCCAGAGACACUUUUGCAGAUACUCCAACAAAAAGAAGGCAUCAACAGGAUUUUGGCGGAAUAUGUUCUGCAGGGGAACUUUGUUUGAUUUGCCAAUCUAGAAAGUGUGACUGUUGUGAUAUUGGCCACCAAUUGCAUUUUAUUGAGGUUUCAGAUAUUAGAUAAACAAUAGUAGACAGUUAAGCUGUCAAAUCAAGCUGGCCAAUUACUACCUAGAUGGACACUAAAGUGAAGUUACUUAGGUAAAGACUAUCAAUGUGCUGUCUAGCUUCGUAGCCAUGUUUACAACACAACAUGCUGUCAACGAUUUCAUAACAUACCCAACCUGAAAAAAUAUUGGCAAAUAAAAUGUUAUAAAACUGGCCAUUUAUGUUGAUUAAACUGUAUUAUUUGUGAACAAAAUCUUAUCAUGAAAUAUUCAAAUUUUUGCUUAAAACCAAAGGUGUUUUUUCCUUCCAAAAAUGUGCUUUAGUGCAUUGAUAUGUGUUAAUCUUGCUAUGACCAGCAUUUUCAUCAAUCAUCUGCAUUUUAGUUUACAAAACCUUGACAGGUCUGCUGGUGUGUUAGUUCUUGUUGUAUGUUUGGCAUGAGAGCUUUUAUAUCCUCACAUUUGCUGUGAAGUAAAAAAAAUAUGUCACUUUAUUAAUUAAGGCUAUCAUAUUUAUAAUCUUAUAUGGUUGAUAUUGUUUGUGGCUCACCUGCGAUUGAUAUAAUGAAGGUCGGACUUAUACAAAUUUUCCAGUGCUGUUUAGCUUGGUUUCCCUAAAAGUCUUAAGUGCUAGACUAUUCAAAUUUGGACCAUAGUUCAUCUUAGCUUCAGUUUCAGUAUUUGUUCCAGACUUUGAAUCAUAACCCAGUGACUGUUAUCCUCACCAAUACUAAGCUUUUUGUAAAAUAUUCCUCAUCAGUGUUAAUGAUUUCAUUUUCUGAUUUUCUAAAUUUCAUUGAAGUUGAUUAUCAAAGCAGGGACAGACAAACACAACUAUGGAAGUCUGGUAUAAGUUAAUGACCUUUGUGUAUAAACUUAUUAUAAUAUUCAACCUAAAUAUGUUCUCCUUUAAACAACUUGGUAAAGGUAUAACAUAUCAUAUUCUAUUCAUAUCGCCUUGGUUUGUAGACAUAUGAAAAAACAUUGCAAAUUGAAUUAUAUUUGUUUUUGUGCGGAAAUACAUGUAGUUUUACUACCUCAAAAUGUUAUGUUCAU